AUGGUGGAACUCGAGAGAGAAACAUGGGAGAGCACUCGAGCUGUCUGCAAGCCAUCUCUCAUCCCACGGCCCCUCAAUGCAAACCUUCCCUUCCCUCGCCUCGCAGCGCCACACCCAGCCAGCCCUUCCCUGCAUAGCCGCUCUCUCUCCAUCCAGCUAAGCGCCACUCACGUGACGGCUGUACCUCAAGCUUCUCUUCUCUUCUUCUUCGCUGUGUCGAGUCUUCCCUUUUCCUCCAUCAUCGUUCACGACAUCAUCGCACAUCAACACCCAACACCUCUCACACAGUUGACACUGCACGUGCCCACCCCCAAUGACCAUGGAGCCCACCGACACCGCCAUGACCGAAGCUCCCACCUUCGCCCCUCCCCCCCCAAGAAGCGCAAGUUCAUCCGCCGCCGGCCUGACGAUGACGACAACGACCAAACCACACCCGACGCCGCCGACGCCGCCCCCACCGCCCCCACCGCCCCCACCGCCCCCACCGCCCCCAACACACAAACCACCACCACACCACCACCACCACCCACCGAAAGCGCCGUGCCCCCCUCCCCCCCAACAGACCCUGAGACCCCAGACCUCUCCACGAUCCUCCGCCUCCGCAAGAAGCUCACGCGCCCCACCCGCCGCGGGCUCGAGGUCACCGCGCCCAAGCCCACCACGACGACGACGACGUCGCAGGCAACGGCCACAGCCGCACCGCACCGCCCGCUGGACGACGACGCCGCCGCAGCAUCAAAGGCCGCCGAGGAGGAGGAGGAGGAGCUCCAGGCCGUCGUCAACAGGUUCACGCACCAGACGGGCCAGAUCCUCGACGUCGACAAGCACAUGAUGGCCUACAUUGACAGCGAGAUGCAGCGGCGCCGCGGCAUCGGCACGUCUGGGGGCGCGGGGGGCAGCGGUGGUGGCGGCGGCGACAGCGGGAGUAGCGCCCCCGCGGGCGGGGAGAGCGCGAGUAGGUCGGCGUACUGGACGCCCGUGGUGCCGGAGGGCCGCGGAGCGACACUGGGGAAGCUGCAUGAGGUUGAUCUGGGGGAGGAGACGAAGAAGCGGAAUAUUGCGCGGACGCAGGAGGCGACAAGGCGGCUGCAGGGGGAUGGGACGGCGGCGGCGGGGGCGGCGGAGGAGGAGGAGGCCGGCAGCGGGGGUAAGAAGAAGAUGAAGGGGCGGAGAAGACGCAAUAGUCAGGAUAUCCAGAGGGAUAAGCUGGUGGAGGAGGUUCUCAAGGAGAGUCGAUUGGAAAUGUACACCGAGCCCGACCCGUCCGAGGAGCAGCGCGAGACAGAAGGCGCCGCAGACGACCGCAUCGCGGAAAAGUUCCGCCGCGAGUUCCUAGACGCGCUCAUGUCACGGCGCCGCCGCAGAGGCGGCGACAGCCGCAAGAAGAGGGACGAGACGAAGAAGCCGCGGGGGCCGAAGCUGGGAGGGAGCAGACAGGCGCGCGCGGCGAUGCGGGAGAGCCAGAAUCAGGCUACGGUCGUGGCGAAAAAACGAUAG